UACUUUCAAUUCGGUCCUGUCUGAGUCAUUUGGGCAUCUCUCUGCUUUCUCUCUCUCUCUCUCUCUCUCUCUCUUUCUAUCCUCGUACGUUACGUUUCCCCUCCUCUCACAAGAUCACUCAGUGAAGGAGAAAUAGAAAUAGAAAUCAAACCCAGUCGGUGAAACCAAAAACCCAAUUAGCCAAACCUCUCUGUAUCUUCAAUCUCAAAACCUCUGAUCAUAUCUCUCUCUUUCUCUCUCUACACACUCUCUUUCUCUCUCUAAACUCCUUUUACCUCGCACUCACCUUUCAAAAGAUUCACACAUUUCUUGUUCUGAGAAUGCCUUUUGUUGUCUUGAGAAUUCAAUUGAGUUCGAGUUUGAGUUCAAAACCUCUGGUUUAGCAAUGGAGUCGAGCAAUUCGCCCAAUGCGCAAAAGGGUACUCGCUCUCGGCCCUUUGAAAUCGAUCUCAACGAAACCCCCUUGCCCUCUCCUCGCGCCGCCGCCGAGAGCUCCAAAGAUGGGGUUUUUCCCGGCGAGGCGACAGCGGCAGUGUGCCGUUCGUGCGGGAAAGCCGCCGGGGAGGUGGAGGGCGACAUGGUGGUGUGUUGCGAGUGCGGGAGAGGGUUUCAUAUGAGGUGUUUGGGGACGAAGGAGCUGCAGAGGCCGAGUGAGUGGAAGUGUUUCAAGUGUUUGUUGAGCAAUGGGAGGAAGAGAUUGCGAGAGGGUGUUGGGGUUUUCGACAUCAAUGCGUCGCCCCCGCAGGAGGCUGAGGCUGAGGUCGACUCCGAUGGAGAGGGCUUUAUCGGAGGCUCACAGCAGAGCUCUGAGCUCGGAGUUCUGGUGCGAGGCGAUCAGCCAAAUGGUGACAAGGUACUUGCAGUGCAUGAGACGUCUACUGUUGGCCACUCAUUUGAUUCCCCCGUGACAUGUUCAAAUUUAUUAUAUCUGGAGAAUGGAUUUAAUUUUCAGAAGGCAUCUCGCCGUGCAGUUGCUAAAUCAGGUUUUGAAGAUAUAGUACAGCACAGACUGAACUUCGAUAGAACUUCAAAGGAAGCAGAUCUGAGUUCCAUUCUCAAAGAGAAGCUUUGGGCUGGUCAUUGUACACCGUUGAAAUAUGUUACCCAGAAUCCCUCUGAGGUAUAUUUGCAAGCUCUUAGGGAAUAUAUAUGUGAAAAACGAGGUCUUUUGGGAGAUGGCUGGCAUGUGGAAUUUAUUUAUUGUCAGAGCAGAUGCAAAACCUUUGCAGUAUACUGUGCCCCAGAUGGAAGGAGGUUUGAGUCAAUGCCUGCUGUUGCUGGUCAUCUAGGCUUGCUGUCAGACUGCCUUUCCUUAGAAACUGAGGACAGAAGUGAUGGAUUUGCUUCAGACCAUAAAGGAUCUCAUUUAAAGCAAAGAAGAAAGGAAUCCUCAAGGUCUUCAAGAACCAGUAAAUUUAUAGAAAGUAUGGGUGCUCUACGGAGCAGUUCCAUUGUGAAGUCCUCAGCAGGCAUCAAGGUCACGGAUAGUCAGGUUGACAAAUUUAAAGGUAGCAGAAGCAUUAUUGGAGCUGACUCAGAGGAGCAUGGCGGCUGUGGAUUUCAGCAGUUUCAAGUAAGGGAUGGCUUUCCCGUGCAGUUUGAGGACUUCUUUGUUCUUUCUGCGGGCAAGGUUGAUCCGCGACCCUCAUACCAUAACACUAGCCAAAUCUGGCCUGUAGGUUACAGAUCUUGCUGGCAUGAUAAGAUUACUGGGUCCCUUUUUAUAUGUGAUGUUUCAGAUGGCGGUGAUUCUGGUCCUACCUUCAAAGUCCGAAGAUGUCCAUGCUCCUCACAGCCCAUUCCUAGUGGUGCAACAGUCCUCUCCAAGCCAAAAUUUGGCUCAAAUGAUGGGAAAGUUGAAAUGGGAAAAGUUGAUCCUGCUGUCUUUGGAAUGGAUGAUGACGACACUGUGAAUAUCCAGAUCAUGCUAACAGAAUAUAGCCCACCACAUCUGAAUUAUGAUAUUUGCUCUGGGAAUAGUGGAAAUGAAGUUUCUGACUUCCAUAGAGCAAAUAGUUUGACAAGAGAUUCCAGUUGCCCUCCCCAAAGAUAUGGAAAUGCCGUACCUGAUAGUUUUCAGCUGGGGGAUAUUAUUGGUGAAUUUGUUGUGGAAGGGAGGUCAUCAUUAUUGGUGUGGGAAAAGGUGUCCCAAACUUUAAUGCACGCAUACCGUGAUGUAUAUAAGCAAACAGGUGUACUUAAGUUUUACUGUAAGCAUGUCAUGGAUGAAAUGAGUUUAAAAGCAACGGAUGCUUCGGAUCCAUUGUCCAAGUUUUGUUAUUUAUCUGGCCCUUUUAACAUCCCACAAUUAAUUCAGAGUGAUGAUGAAUUUGAAACUUCUUGUGGAAUGCUGAUGAAAUGGUUGCAACAGGAUAGAUUUGGAUUGGAUGUAGAAUUUGUACAAGAAAUAAUAGAACAGCUUCCUGGGGUUAGUUCCUGUUCAGAAUAUAACUUUCUGAAUAAAAGAAGUCACAAUUCAAGUUUGCAAACAGUUAGAAGCGGAUUUCUUCUGGCUAAUAGGACGAAUGAUGUUCAAUGUGAGAAAGAAGCUGGUGGUUUCUUCAGAAGUUGCAAAAAACCCAGGAAGCAGGCGGUCGAAGACUCUGGUACGAAGGAUUCCUGUCCUUUAGGCAAGCCGCUGAGCUCAAAGCUUCCUGCUUUUUUGAUCGGCGAUGUUAUCCAGGCUUGGGAGUUCUUAUGUCGUUUCUCGGAGGUUUUAGGACUGGAGGAACCUUUUUCAUUCCAAGAACUUGAAUUUGAACUUAUAGAUCCAUGGUUAGACAGCCUACACCCAGGAGUCCAAGAUGGUGGAGAUGUCAGCUUGUGUAAAAGCAAUAGUGUAAAUGAUCAUGUCUUGUUUUCAAGGAACUCUUCUGCUUCAACAGUUCCUAGUGAAAAUCCAUGUGCAUUUAUUGCAAUGGAAACAGCAUCUAUGAAGGAAGAUGCCCAAGCCAGACUGGCUUCUCAUACUUAUGGUAGAUGUACAGGUGCAGCACUGGCAAAAGCUCAUAGUGCACUUCUGAGGGUGCUAGUAGGUGAAUUGCUUUCAAAAGUUGCGACAUAUGAUGUUGGUGCUGGAGAAUCUAAGUCAAGACGAGGUCGGAAAAAAGAUGCAGAUAACUCGGUUAUUGCAAGGAAAACAAAGCUUGAUAUGCUCCCAAUGAAUGAAUUUACUUGGCCCGAAUUAGCCCGGAGAUAUAUUUUAGCUGUAUUGUUCAUGGAGGGUAAUCUUGACUCCGCAGAGAUUGCUUGGCGUGAGAGCGGGAAAGUCUUCCAUUGUUUACAAGGUGAUGGCGGGACUCUUUGUGGUUCUCUUACAGGAGUGGCUGGAAUGGAGGCGGAUGCACUGCUUCUUGCAGAGGCCACAAAGAAAAUCAUUGGUUCAGCAAAGAGUAAGAAUGUUGUUAUUGGCCUAGAUGAGAAGGAGCCUGAUGCAGUUGAUGAUUCGAAGAUAGUUAAUGUGAAUGAUGGUGAAGUCCCUGAGUGGGCGCAGGUGCUAGAACCUGUAAGGAAGCUACCCACAAAUGUAGGGGCAAGAAUUAGGAAGUGUAUCUACAGUGCUUUAGCAAAAAGUCCUCCAGAAUGGGCAAAAAAGAUACUGGAGCAUUCCAUUAGCAAGGAAGUUUACAAGGGGAAUGCAUCAGGUCCUACGAAGAGAGCUGUUAUCUCAUUGCUGGCAGAAGUGAGCCGUGAAAUUCCGCAGCGCAAACCUGAUAAGAAAGAAAAAAGGAAGUGUGUCAACACAAUUGAUUUAAUUAUGAAGAAAUGUCGUAUUGUGCUACGGCGUGCUGCUGCUGCAGAUGAAGAAAGAGUCUUCUGCAAUCUUUUGGGAAGAACAUUUCUGAAUUCUAGUGACAAUGACGACGAGGGACUUCUUGGUUUUCCUGCAAUGGUAUCUCGUCCUUUAGACUUCAGGACCAUUGAUAUGAGACUGGCUGCUGGGUCCUAUGGUGGAUCACAUGAAGCUUUUCUAGAUGAUGUUCGGGAGGUUUGGCGUAAUAUACGCACUGCAUAUGGGGAUCGGUCUGAUUUGAUUGAUUUGGCUGAAACACUAUCCCAAAAUUUUGAAUCUCUGUAUGAAAAAGAGGUUCUUACUCUGGUUCAGAAACUCAUGGACAGUGGUGAUUUUGAAUGUUCAAGUGAUGAAACAAAGAAAGAGAUGGUUGAUAUGCUUGUAUGUGCAAAUGAGAGCUCACUUCCCAAAGCUCCCUGGGAUGACGGGGUUUGCAAAGUAUGUGGCAUAGAUAAAGAUGAUGACUAUGUUCUGUUGUGUGAUACUUGUGAUUCUGAGUAUCAUACGUAUUGCCUAAACCCUCCACUUGCAAAAAUUCCUGAAGGAAACUGGUAUUGUCCUUCUUGUGUUGCUGGUGAAUUCAUUUCUCAAAGUGUACCCUGUGGUACUCAGGUAAUUAGCCAGUACCGUAAAAAGCGAUAUCAGGGAGAACUUACUCGUAACUUUUUGGAGGCACUGGCCCGCUUAGCAAACACUAUGGAGUUAAAAGAGUACUGGGAGUUCAGUGUGGAAGAGAGAAUUUUACUUCUGAAAUUUUUGUGUGAUGAGGCUCUAAACUCGGUUGUUAUUCGCAACCACCUAGAUCGGUGUGCCUCUGCAUCCACUGAUUUGCAGCAGAAACUGCGUACCAUCUCUUCAGAGUGGAAAAUCCUAAAACUCAGAGAAGAAAUUCUAGCUGCAAAUUUGGCGAAAGUAAACAUGAAUAUGCAUAAUGGAGUUGGAGUGGGUUCAGAUGGGUACACUUCUGUGAAUGAUGGUAAAUUGAUGGGGCAGUUGCCUAGUGGAAGCAGCUAUAUUUCAUCCUUUUCUGGUAGUUUUGCACAGUCAGAGGAUUGUCCACAGUGGAAUGUGCCAAAUGAUUACAGAAAACAACUGUCUUUUUCAAAAAGCAUUUCAGAGAAUGCUAGUACCAGUAGUAGAAAUCAAAUUUUUACUCUUUGUGAUACAGUUGGUCAAUUACAAUAUCAGCAGCCUAUGAAGGAUCAAAAUCUAGUGUACGAUAAUCUUUUUUCUCAAACACGUUCUUCUGCAAAAGGAGCCAACUCUCAUAAUGAGCUCACCCAGUCUAUUCCUCCGCAACAGAAAAAUGACUUGAGUGGAGAAAAUGCCUGGAGUAAUUCUGGCACACAGCAGGAGUUAAGACAUAGUAGUAGUGGUAGUAGUAGUAAAGGUUCCAUGCUUACUACUAGUCAAGUUCCACAGUGUGGCAUCUCAUCUGACUCCAUUAACCCCCAUAUGGCUGAGCAUAAGCCUUAUAUCGACAUGAACUCAGUAAUGCAUGGCAAUCAUUCCUCUGUCCAAGUUGGUUUGCAUGUUUCCCAAGCGUACAACCUUGAGAUGAGCUCCCUCAAGGAUGAGAUUUCUGUUUUGCAGAAGUCAUUUGCCCAUCUAGAAUCAGAACUUCUAAAGGUAUCCAUUCGUAAGGAAUGUUUAGGAAGGGACUCUGCUGGCCGACUGUACUGGGUUUUUGGCAGUCCUGGUACUUGUUCACAGUUGGUUGUUAAUGAGAAUAUGACAGAGCAAUGGAGUAAAAUGAACGUGCUUGAGAAUCCAAAUGGCAUUCCCGUGUCCACAUGGAUUUCUUAUCAAUCUGAUACUGAAAUUGAAGCACUCAUUGGCUGGCUGAGAGAUGAUGAUGCAAGAGAGAGAGAUUUGAAAGAGUCCAUUUUGAAUUGGCAGAAAAUUAAAUCCAAUGACUUCAAUAAGUCUAAAAAUAAUGUUCAAAAUGAGAAACAACCAUGUCAAUUAAAGCCCACUGAUACCGGAAAAGCUGUGGAUUCUAGUUUCCUGGUGACCAAGGCUGUCAGUGCUUUGGAAAAGAGGUAUGGUCCUUGCUUGGAACUAGAUGCCGCUAACAUCCCAAAGAAGCGGGGUCGAAAGACAAAAGUAAUCUAUGAGGGGAGAAUGUACAGGUGUGAGUGCCUAGAACCUAUAUGGCCUUCUAGACACCAUUGCAUGUCAUGCCACCAUAUGUUUUCCACUCGCGAGGAACUAGAGGGCCAUAAUGAUGGAACAUGCAGUACGAAUGCACCUGUCACAGACAAGAGCAAGGUAAAUGAGGAUUCCUCAAAGCAGAAGCGAUCGAUGGGGACUGAAACCUCACUUGAGGAGCCUGCUGAUGGCACAAGAAUUGUUGGAGCAUCAAAAAGUGAAAAGCAUGAGCUUGGCUCCAAUUUGAUUCAGUUUCAGAAGGAGCCAGAAUGUCCCUUUGAUUUUGACAAGAUCCGUGCUAAGUUUGCCCCUCAAGGUUCUCUAAAAGAGAUGGUAAGAGAUGUAGGCCUUAUUGCUUCUAAUGGCAAUCCAUCAUUUGUACCAACCAUAUCUCCUUAUCUUGAUGACCCCACCUUAUCGAUGGUCCCUACCAGGCAAAAAGAGGUUAUGGCUGGUGAUGGAUCUUCAAAUUUGGAAAAUCAGCUUCAAAAAUCAAUUGAAGGGACCAGUAUUGGAGCUUCCAGGAACUACAAUAACAUUUCCAACAAUUUACCAAGAUGUGCUGAAAAUGGCAAAGAUGGGGAAGCAUCAAAAUCUGAGAUAUUGAAACCUAAUUAUGUGAAUGGAAAGGAGAGAUUCUCUUCACGAAAAAACAGAAGUUCAGUGAUUGGGGUAGGUAAUUGCUGCAUAAUUCGUGAAUCCUCAUUAAGACCAUUAGUAGUGGGCAAGGUUUUUCAAAUUCUAAGGCGGCUGAAAAUCAACUUGCUUGACAUGGAUGCUGCCCUUCCUGAAGAAGCUGUGAGACCAUCAAUGGCACACUGGGAAAAAAGAUGUUCCUGGCGAGCGUUUGUAAAAUCUGCAAGGUCAAUCUAUGAGAUGGUUCUAGCGACAAUCAUACUCGAGAACAUGAUUAAACCCGAGUACCUAAAAAAUGAUUGGUGGUAUUGGUCAUCACAUUCAGCUGCCGCCAAAAUUUCUACUCUCUCCGCCCUUGCUCUCCUUUUAUACACCUUGGAUGCUGCCAUUAUAUAUGAGAAACCUUUGCCCAGCUUGGAUUCAAUAGAGAUUCUGAAGCCAGAUUGCAAGUCAAACAAAGAAGAUUCUCCCAUAUCAGAUCCAACAGACAACCUGAAGCCAGGCAGCCCGCAGGUCCAAAAGUCCCAUGAGUCGGAUAUAACUGUUAAUCCAAAACCAAGAAGCAGACCUAGCAGGAGGAAGAAAGAUUCAGGGGGCUGACCUUUCAAACAUGCUUCUAUCAUUGUGGGAAACUUCAUCCAAGUUUACUCCGUGUUUGUGGCAUGUGAAUCAAAAGCAGGUUCAAGCGUUCAAAUGUGUACCUUCGUUCUAACUUUACAAUGCUGUAUGCCGGUCAGUGGAUUUGACCCUGAAGUUGGAAGGCAUGCGGACAUCUGCUGCCAUGGCCGGUCCUUCUCUGUAUAUAUGAGGCAAUGCUGAUACACUGACACAGAUACUGGAUGGCGAUUCAGAAUCGACUUCAGCUGCAGUUGGCUUCUGCAAUUGGCAUCGGUUAACUGGAGAAUUUGGUGUCAUCUUCUGAAGAGCAACAACAUCCAUAUCUGCAUACAAAUGAAUCAAUCUGAUGUAAAAAAGAAAGAAUGUGAACCUGACAGGUGUAGUUCAAUAUAUAUCUCAAUUCAAUGAUAAAUGUCUCGGUCAUUCUUGCAUUUCA